AUGGAUACGUCAGACACUGAUGUUGUGGUUUUCAAUCUCUUGAAUAUGUGUGGGCCUCCGGAUGGUCCAGAUUUCGGAUCAUUUGUUAUCUCAAAUGUGCGCACAUUGUGUACUUUCACGUGCAACCCUGGGUAUACACUGACUGGACAUCUGAGCCUGCAGUGCGUCCAGGGAGAAUGGGAUGGGAAUCCACCAGUUUGUGAAGAUUUCGAUGAAUGUCACAGUUCACCGUGUUUGAAUGGUGGCAGGUGUGUUGAUAUGCUGAACGAGUACACGUGUACUUGUGUACCUGGAUAUGCUGGAACACAUUGCGAACAAGACAUUGACGAAUGCGCUAGUUCCCCGUGUCAAAAUGGAGCGACCUGUGUUGACAUGAUCAAUGAAUAUUCAUGCACGUGUUCCGCAGGCUAUGUUGGCUUGAACUGCGAGCAAGAUUAUGACGAAUGUCAAAGUUCACCAUGUGAGAAUGGUGGCAGCUGCACGGAUAUGUUGAAUGCGUACGUAUGUACUUGUGCACCAGGUUAUGACGGGACAAAUUGCAAUCAAGACGUCGAUGAAUGCACGAGUAACCCGUGUCAAAAUGGGGCAGUCUGUGUCGACAAGAUAAAUGAAUAUUCAUGCACGUGUUCUGCAGGAUACGUUGGGUUGAACUGCGAGCAAGACUGUUACCCUACAACACCAUGGGCAUACAAUGGAAAAAAGGCAACGACAAUUACGGGAAUACCAUGUCAGAGAUGGGACUCUCAGACCCCACAUCCGCAUCCGCAUACAAACUUGAACUAUUUUCCGGAAACAGUACUUUCUGCGGCUCACAAUUACUGCAGAAACCCUGAAGCUGGUGAAUAUAACCCCUGGUGUAUGACAACAAGUCCCUCGAAGGAAUGGGACUACUGUGGCAUACCGAAAUGCUAA